CCGACACUUAGUCCAGCUGCCUGGUGGUAAAAGUAAAUCUAUUGAGAUUCUGGACACAGCCGGAUCUUUCAGCUUUCCUGCCAUGCGAGAAGUUUACAUUCGAUCCAGCGAUUCAUUCCUCAUCGUAAUCGCUCUUGAUGACAAAGACUCACUUGAAUACGCAAUAAACAUGAAGAAAGAAAUUGUUGCAAUAAAAGGUGACUCCAUUCCAAUGCUUUUGGUUGGAAACAAAGAUGAUGCCGCAAAACGUGAAAUCUCUCCAGAACUUGCCGCAGCUACAGCCAAAGAACAUUUUGGUUCUGCGUAUAUUGAAACUAGCGCUAAGACGGGCAGAAACUGUCAACAAAUGUUGGUUAGAAUCUGUACAGGUGACUUAAAGCAAAAUGCGAUGAUGGAAGUAGUGAAAAAACAAGGAUCAUUAAAGAAAAUUACUCGAAAAUCUUCAAAAAAAACGUUCAGAAUCUACACUAAGUGAUCCAUUAUCUGGUAUGAAGAAAC